UGCAGCUACCUGCCAAAGAAACGUAUUUGGACAGUCGAUAAAAGCGACUUUGUUGCCAAUUAAAUCUUACAGCGCUGCAACCGGAGGUGAAGACACAGGAACAGCUGUCUGCGUCUCCUGUGGUUGCCACUUGAAUUCCCUGGGAUGAACGGAGACAAUGUGAGGUCAGCUGCCUCCUGCAACCUCAAGCCACAAUCGCUGGCGAACAGGGAGACGGGGCGAGAGCCAGGGUCCUCACCUCGGCCCCGGACGAUCCUCUUCCUUUUAUCAAGUCUGUCCGCAUCAGGCGAUUUACGCUCCAUCUCGGUCCCUCCUGCUGUGAGGUUUAAGUUGCAUGUCUCCGGUUGCAGGUCAGACCGUGGUCACGGAGCGGAGGGGAUCCGUGGUCACUGUGGCGAUAAACCGGCCCGAGGUGCGUAAUGCGGUGAACCAGGAGACGGCGAGGCGUCUGCUGGAGGAGCUGGAGGCCUUUGACAGGGACCCAGACUUGAAUGUGGCCGUCCUGCAUGGGAGAGGAGGGAAUUUCUGCGCUGGUUAUGAUCUGAAAAAGCUGGCCAAUCGCACGGCCCCCCCCAAAUUGGAGCAAGAUGUCACUAAAGGUCCUGGUCCAAUGGGUCCGUCCCGUCUGCAGCUGUCGAAGCCGCUGAUAGCGGCAGUGAGCGGUUUCGCUGUGGCUGGAGGGCUGGAGCUGGCUCUGCUGGCGGACUUGAGAGUGGUGGAGGAGGGCGCCGUCAUGGGGGUGUUCUGCCGCAGGUUCGGAGUUCCCCUGAUUGACGGAGGGACGGUGCGGCUCCCGCGUCUCAUCGGCCUGUCGAGGGCGCUCGACCUGAUUCUUACCGGACGACCAGUCGGAGCGCAGGAGGCCCUCGCUUUCGGCCUGGCCAACAGAGUCGUCCCCGAUGGUCAAGCCUUGGAGGCAGCGCUGCAGUUAGCGGAGCAGAUCAGCGCCUUCCCUCAGCAGUGUCUGCGGGCCGACCGCUCCUCGGCCAUCUACAGCUGCUUCGACGCUCCAUCCUUCACGCAGGCCAUGCAGCAUGAGACCGACCGUGGAGUUCCUGUCCUCCGAGCAGAAAGCAUCGCCGGGGCAAUGCAGUUCACCAGUGGAGCAGGAAGGGGAGGAAAAUUCUCCUAGGAUUUAGCUUGUGAAGUGAAUUGUAAUUGUAAGUCAGGUGAUUUACAGUAGUUCAGUCUGUUGGUCCACAGUCUUGAGAGAUUGCUGAGCGGUGCUGUUUCAAAUAUGCAGAACCAAUUCUGAUCUGUUUUAGAAAUUGUUUCAGCAUUAAACGUCUGGUUUUGUGUGAAGCUAGUUCCAGUUCCUUGUAGUUUCCCAUUUUCUUCAGAUAGCGGGGUAGCAGCUGUGAAAUAUACUAGUUAAGCUGAUUUUAUUUGUUAUGUAACAACAGCCUAAUUUGCGUUAUUAGCAAUAUGGUUUGUUUUGGGUGAAACAACAUCUAAAAUACCAGGAUCAUAAGACGACCGUGGGAAAGAAAGUAUGCAAACAUACAGACUCCAAACAUUGAAUGCCAUCAUCGUUCUGCAGCCUCCACGUUUUUUGUAAUAAUUUUUUAAGGUGUUUCUGAUCAAAAUGAAGCACAGACCAAAAACCUGGUUUAAAAGAAGCUUCUGAAUUCAAAAAUAUGCACGCUGUAUUGAAUAAAUCACCUAAAUCUUU